GAGCAGAAUUUUUCAGGUUUAUUUAUUUGUACGUAGUAACACUGUGGUUUAUUGUUCACGUCUUUCCUUUAAAUGUUUAUCCUAUCUAAUCUGAUCUAAUCGUUUUUCCACUCGCUUUUCACUGUGUCUAGCUGAUAACCAGAUAUCCAUCACAUGUCGGCUGAACAUGUGAUGAACAUGAACAUAUACCUGGAUCCACCAAGCUGUCACUGAUCAGGGGCGGGUUCACCUGGACAGGUCGCCGUCCGUCACGUACCUGUGGAGACAGAACUGUUCAGUCGUACUUGUGGUUUUGAGUCGCCACAGAUCUGAGCAUCGUGACUGAGGGAGGAACCAGACAGAAGCCACAGUGAUAAACAUCAGCACCAGAGUCUGACAGCAGCUUCUUAUCAGAUCCACGUUGGACUUAAACAAGCUGCUAAGUUUAAUGCUCACUUCAGUCAGGAUAUACUCAGGAGUAUUUGUCAACUAUAGAACGGCCUCACUAGAGUUGAGCCUCAGAAAGACUCAGACGUGUUGGAGUGAAGCUUUACCUGGUUCUGGUCCAGAUCUACUCUGAAGACACGAGGGUCCGACAGGCUGAGACUGAGCUGGACAUGGACCACCUGCUGCUGCUGCUGCUGUGGAGCUCAGGAACCCAGGCUGAAGAAAAUCACAUGUCAACAGAACCUGAUGAGUUAAGGUUGGUUGGAGGAGACAGUCGCUGUGCAGGUAUACUGGAGCUGAAACAUGAAGACUGGAGACCAGUGGCUGGACGUGACUGGACCCUGAGGGAUGCAGCUGUUGUCUGUAAAGAGCUGGACUGUGGUUCUGUUGUUUCUAUAAGGCACAAAGAAGAAUCCUUAGCCAGACUUCAAUGGUGGAUCAGGAAAGACUGUGUACGGUCUGGAUCUGCACUGAGGGAGUGUGUAGUUUCAUCUUAUACUGACUUCACUUUGAACCUCACCUGCUCAGACUCUGUCAGGCUGCUGGAUGGGACCAGCCUGUGUUCAGGCAGACUGGAGGUCAGGUCCAACCAGUCCAACCAGGGGUGGUCCUCAGUGUGUGAAGCUGACUUUGACCAGCAGGAUGCAGAGGUGGUCUGUAGGGAGCUUGGCUGUGGGGCUCCUUCAGCCCUCCAGGGGGCGCUCUAUGGAGAAGUGGAGGCUCCAGUGGGGUCCAAAGAGUUCCAGUGUGGAGGCCACGAGUCUGCUCUGCUGGACUGUAGGAGCUCAGACUCAGCUAGAACCACCUGCUCACCUGGAAAAGCUGUUGGACUCACCUGCUCAGAACCUGAUGAGUUAAGGUUGGUUGGUGGAGACAGUCGUUGUGCAGGUAUACUGGAGCUGAAACAUGAAGGAGACUGGAGACCAGUGACUGGAUAUGUCUGGACCCUGAAAGAAGCAGCUGUUUUUUGUAGAGAGCUGGACUGUGGUUCUGCUGUUUCUAUAAGUUGGAGAGAAGAAUCCUCAGACACACCUAUGUGGCAGUUGAUCCCUGAAUGUGUUCAGUCUGGAACUGUUUUAGGAGAGUGUGUAUCAGUCUUCACUUACUCUUCCUCCUCCCAGGGCUUUACCUGCACAAACUCUGUCAGGCUGCUGGAUGGGACCAGCCUGUGUUCAGGCAGACUGGAGGUCAGGUCCAACCAGUCCAACCAGGGGUGGUCCUCAGUGUGUGAAGCUGACUUUGACCAGCAGGAUGCAGAGGUGGUCUGUAGGGAGCUUGGCUGUGGGGCUCCUUCAGCCCUCCAGGGGGCGCUCUAUGGAGAAGUGGAGGCUCCAGUGUGGUCCAAAGAGUUCCAGUGUGGAGGCCACGAGUCUGCUCUGCUGGACUGUAGGAGCUCAGACUCAGCUACAACCACCUGCUCACCUGGAAAAGCUGUUGGACUCACCUGCUCAGAAUCUGAUGAGAUCAGGUUGGUGGAAGGAGGCAGCCGGUGUGCAGGUAGACUGGAGAUGAAACUUGGCGACUGGAGACCAGUGUCUGGAACUGACUGGAACAUGCCGGAUGCAGCUGUUGUCUGUAGAGAGCUAGAUUGUGGUUCUGCUGUUUCUGUAGAAUUGAGACAGGAGUCCUCAGACAGACCUGUGUGGAGGAUCAGCUCUGACUGUCUUCAGUCUGAAUCUGUUCUCAAGGCGUGUUUAACACCAUCCACAUCCACAUUCAUCCAGAAUCUCAUCUGCUCAGACCUGCUGCUUCAGCCAAUCAUCUCUGUUUCCUCCAUGAACGGGGUUUCCCAGGUUCAUCAGCAGGGGUCGCAGGUGUUCAGAGGUUUCAGCUUCACAAUCACUUGCUCCAUCCAGCCCCAGUACCCAGGAGGCUCCUUCCAUCUCACCUUCACCUCCUCCUCCUCCAAUGCAGAACACAACUACACCCAGCCACCUUUCAAUCACUCUGCCCACUUCCUGUUUCCUGUUGCACAGCCCGCCCACCAAGGGAACUACACCUGUGUUUAUCAGGUGUAUGUUUUUUCCCAUAACUUCUCCUCUGAGAGCCAUCGACUGUCUGUCAGUGUCUCAGAUCCACCAGAGUUUCCUGUUAAAGUGGUCUUCCUGCCUCUGACGCUGCUGCUGCUCAGCGCUACCCUUUAUUUCUACUGUAAGGCCACCAGGGGGCAGACGUCCAGCAGACAGGAGGACACUGAGCUGGUGAACUACCCAUUGGAUGUUGGUGCAGCUGAAGGGGAAGGAGAUGUCCAAGGAGUUCACUCCACACCCAGCAGGAUCUGAGUCUUAUUUGAUCCUGAUCCUUUAAAUGAUGAUGCUGUCAUCCAGUCAUCUGUUUCAUUUACUUAAUCGUUUCCUUUUUCUCCUGCCUUUGGUGCCUUGGUCUUGUACAAAAGGGCACUGCUGCAGUGAAUUGAUGAGAUAUGUGGGCAUAGAACAUACAUUUAAUACUGAAAGCAAUAAACUGAUUUUUUCAGAAAAUAUUUUCAUGGAGCCUUUUUCAAUUCAAUUUAAUUUUAUUAUUAUAGCACCAAAUCACAACAAUGUUAUCACAAGGCACUUUUCAAGAUAAGGUUUAAUACCUUACACAGCUAAACCCAACAGAUCACACAUACAGCAAGCCUUAAAUUACAAUUUGACAGCAACAGUGGAGAGGAAAAACUCCCUGUCUAACAAGGAAGAAAGCUCCAGCAGAACCAGGCUGGAUGUGGGUGGCCAUCUGCCUCGACCGGUUGGGGUGAGGGGAUAGAGAGAGAGAAAACCACAGCAACAACAACAAGCAACAACAGAGCACAGGCAGGAUGGUGGUACCAGAGACUGGACACAGGCAGGAUGAUUGGAUCCAGAGACUGGACACAGGCAGGAUGGUUGGAUGCACAGUUGCCCAUCACAGACACAGCUCUGAGUUCAAUGAUACUUGUAGGUGAGGACAGAGUGGAGAAGAGGGAGAGACAAGGUUAAUUAAACAUGAAACAAUGAUGGGAGGUUAAUGGACAGAAGAGGUAGAAGGAAACAGGAGCUCAGUAUUUAAAUGAAGUCCCCCAGCAGUCUAUGUCUAUUGCAGCUUAACUAAGAGAUGGUUCCUGUGACUAACAAUAAUUGCCAGUGACCUGAACCAUCUCUAACUAUAAGCUUUAUCAAAAAGGAAGGUUUUAAGCCUGAUCUUAAGCUGUACUGCAGUUGAUCAUGACCAUGUCCAUGGUAACUAUGAUGAUACGACUUUAUGACUUUAUUAAUGCCGCAAAGGAGAAAUGUUGUAUCACUGUUGUUUCUGUACCCUACAUGUUCACAGUGGCAACCAUUAUCAUGUGGAUGGUGGAGACACUGUAGAGUCUGAUGGCUGUGGGGAGCAACGACCUGCGGUAGCUCCUUCCUGCACUGUGGGUGUGACUGUCUGGUGCUGAAGGAGCUGGAGCCUCUGGAUCCGGACCCAGAAGCUGUCCCAUACGGACCCGGAGCUACAGACCAAACUGAACGUUUGAUUCAGAAUACAGCAGGGAACCUUAAUUUUAACCAACGCGGCUAUUUACGGUCGUUAUUUUGUGGACGCGAGAACGCAUUGGCCAAUUGAAUGCAAGUUAAGCAAUCGCGCGUGACUUCACUUAGCCAAUCGAGUCUAUGGAUUACAGGUGGAAAAUUUUACGACUAGAGAAAAAGUUUGAGGUUGGAAGGGAAUUAUUAAAGACAGCGAUAACAGUUGCGUGUAGCAAGCAAAAACCAAGGCAUAUACAGAGAGGAGAGAGGGAGAGGCAGCUUUCUCCACAAUGAAGAAAUACCAUCGUCAUAUAAACACCUCCACGUGUGUAUGAGAAUGGCCCUGACUUCAUUCAAGCCCAGGUUUAAAAUUCUAGUAGGACAAGCUGGAGCUCAAUUAUCUCAAUGAGCAACAAAGUGGGGGAGUUAAAUAUAUGUAGGGAAGAGGCUCUCAAACUGUUCAAAUGUUAGGAUUUUUUUUUUUACCUGUUAAAUUUGACUUUUGAGUCAAGAUGUAAAAGAAGUUUUUUAAGCCUUCCUUUCCUAUAUUUUAUUGCUUUAAAGUUGAGGCACUUUAUUUUAUUUAUAUUUUGUUUUGUCCAGCAGUUCAACAAGUAGCAUGUAUUAGGCUGAAUGCCGUAUUGUAAUGGACAGGUUUGCUUUUACAAAAGGAGUAUAUAAGAAAUAUCCAUACUAUUCUCAAUUAAUGGUUUAUUUAAUGUUUCAUUUAGUCCAUCCUAAAUAUGUGUGAUGUUGCUGUGUUGGUGAACAGGUUGAGUGUUUGCUUUGGGGUGUGUCUGCAGGGGUGGGGUGGGGGGUGGAGAUCUGCAACCAGCUGCUGAAACCUGUCACGAUUUAUGUCAGUUCUUGUUUUACUCUGAAAGGACUUCCUGCUCACAUCUCAUCUCAGCUGUUUCUCUGUCAUCACGGUUCACCAUGCACACCUGGCAAUAAUUAGUAAUCACACCCAGUACUUAAGCACCACCUCAGCCAACAGUCAGACGCCAGAUUGUUGAGUCCUUGCACCACUAUCCAGCGUUCUAGUAUAGUCAUCCCGUAUUGUUGAUCUUGCCUGUUUUUGACUGCCGAGUCCUGCCUGAACCUCCUCUGUACCUUUGCCUGGAUUUUGGUGUGUACUGGACCGUCUGACCUGUGAGUUGUCUAGCCCUUACCUGUACCGUUGCCGAGUCUUCCCGUGUACCGAACCACUGCCUGUCUCCUGGAUCCGAUCUCAUCUGUUCCUCAUCUGUACCUUAUGCUAAGACAUCCUGUGUAUGACCCGGACUGCUUGACGACUUGACGCAAUAAACCCUGCUCACUUCACCCAG